AUGUGGAUUGUAUUGAUUAUUAUUAUUAUUGUUGCUUUAAUUACAACGAUUUCAGUUGUUGUGCUCAAAACAAAAAAGACAAACAGUGAAGAAACAUCGACAACUGAAGAAACAACAACAGAACAAUCAUCACCUUCUUUUGUCAUCGAUUCCAACACAAAAUGGAAACAAGAUGCAUUGACUGUCGCUGGUGGAUAUGACGAAGGAAAUCGAACAAAUCAACUCGAUGCGCCCGUCAGUGUCUAUGUUGAUGAUGAUAAUGGAAGUAUAUAUAUUAGUGACACCAACAACCAUCGUAUUGUCAGAUGGGGAUUCAACAGCACCAAUGGUGAAGUUGUUGCUGGUGGAAACGGAGAUGGAAAUCGGACCGAUCAAUUGAAUCGUCCAUCAGAUGCCAUUUUGAAUAAAAAGGAUAGUUCUCUUAUUAUUUGUGAUUAUGGGAACCAUCGAGUAGUAAAAUGGUCUCGUCAACAUGAUACAACAUCACAACGAAUAAUAAUUCCUCACAUUGUUUGUUGGAGUUUGGCAAUAGAUAAUAAUGGUGAUCUUUAUGUUUCUGAUUGGAUGAAAGGUGAAGUAAGUCGGUGGAAAGAAGAAGAAAAGACGGGAACAAAAGUGGCAAGCAUCAGUCGAGAUGCAGAUUCGACCGAUCAGUUAAAAAAUUUUGUUUAUAUUUUCGUUGAUGAAUAUUAUUCAGUUUAUGUAGUGGAUUAUCUGAAUGGUGAAGCGAUUGAAUGGAAGAAAGAUGCAAAAAACGGAGCUAUUGUUGCUUACGGGCAUAGACACGAGACGAAGCCCGAUCAGCCACCUCAUCUUAUAGCAGUAAUUGUGGAUUCUAUGGAUAACAUCUACGUAUCGGAUACAGUGACAUGUCAAAUAACACGCUGGCUACCAGUACCAGGCACAAAAUUCGGUGGUACUAUUGCUGGCGGAGAGGGGUGUGGAAAAGGACCUCGAAAUCUUUUUACUCCUUACGAUUUAUCGUUUGAUCGACAAGGUAAUCUGUAUGUUGUUGAUUUCUUCAACAAUCGUGUACAAAAAUUCGCUGUAGAACAUGAUUGA